AUGGGUUUGUCUUCUUCUCUAAAGCCAUACUUUCUUUUGCUCUUCGUAUGUUCUCUCAAUGUUUCCACCAUUAACUCAACGAAGCCAUUAAAAGAAGAGGCAGUGCUUUUUGGCGGGAAAUUUCCGGCUUUGUAUGUUAUUGGAGAUUCAUUGGUUGAUUCAGGAAACAAUAAUCAUCUUGAGACCAAAGUCAAAUCGAAUUUUCCACCUUAUGGUUCUAACUUUGAAGGAGGCAAACCUACUGGUCGUUUUAGCGAUGGUAAAACGAUUGCUGAUUACAUUGCUAUUUAUUAUGGACUUCCGUUGGUGCCUGCUUAUUUGGGAUUAUCUGAAGAACAAAGGAACAAUAUCUCUACUGGUAUUAACUAUGCUUCGGCUAGUUGUGGGAUUUUUCCUGACACAGGAAAGCGACUGGGAAAAUGUCUAUCGUUGAGUGUCCAAGUCGAUCUAUUCAAUGAAACCAUCGAGAAGAAUCUAAAGAAGAAGUUUAAGACAAAUUCGGAACUAAGUAAACACUUGGCUGAAUCAUUGUUCAUGACCGCGAUUGGAGUUAACGAUUACGUUUUCUUCUAUAACAAGACAAUUGAUGCAAAUGAAUUUGCAAACAAGCUUCUUCAUGAGUUCAUGAUACAAAUUAAGAGAUUGCAUAAGUUAGGAGCAAGGAACUUCUUCAUUAACAACAUUAAACCCUUGGGAUGUUACCCAAACAUUAUAGCCCAUACCGUGCCACGUGGAAGCUGCAACGACAAUUUAAACCUUGUGAUUUCCGUUUUCAAUGCUAAGCUUAGAAGAAGCUUGUCUCAUAUGAAGCACAAAUUCUCAAAAACUUCUUUCUUAUACUCCGAUUAUUUCAACUUCAUGUUGGGACUUCGAGGACCUUCGAGCAAUCAAGCUACUUCGAAUCUACUGAACACGACAAGCCCGUGUUGUCCUAACGUUUAUGAUGGAGGUUUAACCACAAGUUGCACACCAGGUUCGACCUCGUGUAAGGUACCAGAAACUCAUAUCUUCUUUGAUCCGUUUCAUCCGACUCAACUGGUGAAUCUAAUGUACGCAAUUAGUUGCUUCCAGGAGAGAAAAGUUUGCCAUGUGGUGAGAGAUGCAUUGGCUUAA